AUGGAUGACGACUCUUCCCUUCUCGAUCCGCAGUCCAAUGCCCCUGACGACAGCAUCUGGGAUUUCCCUACUCACUCCAACAAUGACCCUUCCAACACACAAAAAACUUCUGACAAACAUGGUCCGAGCGGAAAGCCUACCUAUGAGCAAUUAGAAGCCCGAGAGCAAGAACUUCGUCGGGAGCUGGAGCAUGUGCGCAAAGUCAACCAGGCCAUUGAGGGUGUGAUUGAGAGUCUGGGAAAAGCCAAGAAUAACAUGACGACUGUCAACAAGACGGUCAAUGCCGCUUCCACAUUGCUGAAUACAUGGACUCGGAUCCUCUCUCAAACAGAACAUAACCAGCGACUCAUCCUCGACCCCGAGUGGCAGGGCGCAAGUCAAGAUAUCGCCGACAUGGAGGAAGAAGUGCAAGAGAAACAAAGAGCAGCCCAACGAAGAGAAGCAGAGGAGCAAGAACGCAAGAACGCUGCGGCGAAACGGGCAGAAGAAGAGGAAAAGCGUAGAGCUGAUGCCAUGGCCAGCAAGCCGACCAGAAUGACAACACGGGGCUCGAGCAGGAUAGGAUAUGGGUCACGAGUCACUUCAGGGUCUGCCACAUCCUCCACCAAUACAUCAUAUGUGCAGAUGGGGAGUACGGGGACUAGAAGGGGAACAUCUACAAGCGGCACUGGGGCUUCACGAAGGACAACGACUGGUAUUGCACGAGGUGGCUCAAGUCGAGGAAGAGGGAGCCGUGGAGGUGUCACGUGA